CCCUUACUUGCACAAUCUAGUAUGAGUCUGUUCCACUUCAGACAUCCAUCAGACUCGUGUUUCCACAGAAUUUGGUGUUUAUUGAUAGCGACCGUCGCAAUAAUGCACAGUGCAUACUUUCUCGCUAUUUUUAGAAUAGGAAGUUGUGGAGAGGGAGAUGUGAAGAGACGCAUCGAGAAGUGUUCGCCUGGACCCUAUCCCUGUUACACUCAUGAUUUCAGAGAAUUCGGAGGUCAGUAGUUAUCUGCAGGUACGUGUCGCUUCUAUCGUUCCAAAGUUCUGUCCUCGGCUUUACGGAAUCUUGCCUUGUUUCUAGUUUAUGAGCCCCGUUUCGCACCGGGUGCUUCCAAUGAAGCAGUUGGAGGGAAACCAAGUUUGGAAGAGUGUCCGGAGAAAUAUAUUCUGUUUAUCUAGUUAUCGUCCCCUUGCAUCUCGGGCUGAUGACACGAUAACUGAUAUGUCAAGAAAAGUUCAGGUUCACAGGCCAAGUAUUACCCAUGACGACGAAAGUUGGACAAGAAUGGAGAAUCCGGAUCAUCUACUCAAACUGCUCCAAUGUCAUCAUUUUAUGGAUGGAAUCCACUCACCCGAGGAUCUGGGGCUGCCUGGUGUAUGCUCGUCACAUUCAGAAAUGGGUGACUCAUGAAAGUAGUCAACUACUUUCACGAGACGUUGACAACCAAAUUUUUAUCCGUGACUGGGUUGACGUUGUCCCGGCGAGCACUCACCUUUGUUCAAGGACAACUUUCUCAUCGAUACCGGUCUCAAUCAGCCCUCUCGUUUAGAUGCAGAGACCAUCCUUGUUCCUCCUCUGAACCCAAAGCUUACUUUUCAGACGAUCAUGACCUCAAGACUGUUAUUUUCGACCAUACUAAGGCAUAGAACCUUGAUUUCAUUCUUGCCAAAGUAAUUGCAACAUCGUGAGUUGCCGUUUUCUCAAAGGCUCAUUGCACCUACUCAACCCAAUAUACUAACUGCAUAUUC